AUGUCUCUUCCCACCGCUCUCGCCCUGCUCGGGCUCGCUAUCACCGCUGGGGCUGCCUCGGGGCCCACCGCCGGCUCCCAGAGAUCCUGCUCCUCCUUUGGCCCAACUCCCCUCGCUGGCGUCGCAUUCACUGGGACCACGCACUUUGCCGCUAACACCCGUGUCAACAUCUCGAACGUCUACUCCAGCAUCGACGAGACCAACCUGCCUGCGUUCUGCCGCGUCGAGCUCGUCGUCACCACGAAUGCUACUGCAGGCACGACCGCGCUCGCCGAGGUCUGGCUGCCCGACGACUGGAACGGGCGCGUCCUCACUGUAGGGAACGGAGGUCUCGCCGGAGGAGUAACCGUGACGGAGCUCGGACACGUCGCGAUUCCGCAAGGAUUUGCGGGAAUCUCUACGAACACCGGGCACGACGGCGACACGGACGACGGCGAGUGGGCCGGGCCGCACAACGACAACGCAAUCGUGGACUGGGGAUGGCGCGCGCUGCACCUGAGCGUGCUCGCGGGGAAGCGGAUCGUGGAGGAGUACUACGGCACUGCUGCGAACAAAUCCUAUUAUCUGGGGUGCUCGACGGGUACGCUGAAAGAGGUGCAAGACUUUCCAGACGACUUCGACGGCGUCGUCGUCGGCUCCCCCGCAAACUGGCAGACGCAUCUGCAAGGAUGGUCGAUCCACAUGAACCUGAACACGCAGCCCUCGACCUCGCCGCACUUUAUUACGGAAGACGUCUGGAACGACGUGCUCGCGCCCGAAGUCAUGCGCCAGUGCGACGCGCUCGACGGGCUAUCCGACGGCAUCAUCAACGAUCCCAGAAUAUGCAGCUUCCGCCCCGAGACGCUGACGUGCCGCGCCGGGCAGAACGCGUCGACGUGUCUGACGGGGGACCAGAUCGGUGCGCUGCGCCGCAUUUACGCGGAUUACUACGAGGCCGACCAGACGUACGUCUUUGGGGGGUACUACCCCGGCGGCGAGACGGAGUACUACAAGGGCCUCGUCGGGAAGAAGCAGUUCGAUAUCGGGCUGGGCUAUUUCCAGUUCAUGGUCCUGAACGAUACCAACUUCAAGAUUCAUGACUACAACGCGACCGUACUUAAGAUAACAGAUAGAAUCGACCCCGGGCAGUCGAACGCGAUCAACCCGAACCUAACCGCGUUCGCGGGGCCGCAGCACAACGGCAAGCUGCUGCAGUACGUCGGCUGGGCGGACCAGCUCAUCAGCCCGGGCAACAGUAUCCACUACUAUACCACCGUCGACGAGUUCACGCGCGCGAACACUACGAUGGACAUCGACGACUACUACCGCCUCUUCCUCGUGCCCGGCAUGAACCACUGUGAGGCUGACAAUUGCAUGUACGUACAGGGCGGCUUCGCAGCAAACGCGUUCGGCGCGGUCGAGCAGGCGUCCAACGACAACCCGCCGCUCUCGUUCGACCCGCAGCACAACAUCCUCGCCGCGAUGGUGCAGUGGGUCGAGGAGGGCGUCGCCCCAGACACACUCACCGCCGCGAACUACGUCGGGAACAACGUCUCGAACGGCGUCGGGUUCACGCGCCCGCUCUGCAGGUACCCGACGACGAUCCGGUACAAGGGCGGGGACCCUGACAGCGCGGACAGCUUUGAGUGCGCGUAG